UGGUCAGGGUCGGUGUAAGGAGGGUGCCAAAAUAUUAAUCGCACAACAAUUAAGGCAAAAAGUAAACAGUGACUGUUAUUGUUAAUGUUUGGAGCCGCACAUUCGCAAGGUUUUACGAUCACUCGAGGUUAGGUUGAGUGGCAGUGGAAGAAUGGAUCGGUAUAGGGAAACCGGGCAAGUGGACCCUGACUAUGAGAGCUACAAUUCGGCUGUGGAAUUAAACGAAGAAGAAGAUAAACGGGAGAACCUAACGAAAAUAAAAAAAAUCAUUGAGGAUGAAUAUAGCAAACAAAUCACCCAAAGGCACGAACAGAUCGAGCAAGUAGAGCUUCAGAUAUUUAAAGUCCGCAAACUUUUACACUUGUUACGUUACGCUUUGAUUAUGUCGUACUAUAAAAAGAAGGAAUUGGAGUACAGUGGGACUGAAGAGGAACCGUCGACGUCUGACACCCUCGUCGUUCCGGAUAAACAAAACCGGAUUCACCCGGCUGUUAAAAAACUUCUAGGCCGAAAUGUCAACAGCCUUGACCAUUUAAGUGUUAGAGAUAAACGCAAAGUUAUUCCUAAAUACAAUCUCGUACAUAAAGCAACUGAACCACCGACAAAUGUACCAGAAAGUAAAAAAAUCAAAUUGGAUGAGAGUGUGUGUCAAAACGCUGAAAAAAUCGUGGAGUUGCCAACCGUUGAGCACGAAAAGCCCCUGGAGUUUAUUAGAAGUCGCAAAAAGACGAAGUACAGGGUUGUAGUCGGUAAUAUUUCAAAAUGGAUGCCGUCAUCAGAGGACGACAUUUUGACACACAAGUGGAUGGUGUACGUAAGGGGACCAAAAGACAAGCCUGACGUUUCUCAUUUCAUCGAUAAAGUCGUUUAUUAUUUGCAUCCGUCAUAUAAACCUCAUGAUGUCGUUGAGGUUAGCGAAUCUCCGUUUCAUUUGUCACGACGAGGCUGGGGCGAGUUUCCCGUACGAGUACAAAUUUUUUUCAAAGUAACCUUAAACAAACCAAUAGAUAUAGUGCACAAUAUAAAACUAGAUAAAACGUACAGCGGUAGACAAACGCUAGGUAACGAAACCAUCAUAGAUGUGUUUCUCUAUGACGAAAACACCCAUCAUUCACAAAUCGAAACCGACCCCAAUAACAUUCCCGAGGAAAUCGAUGUUCAAACUAUAAAGCCUGAAGAACACGAUAUUAAAAUCGAAGUGACAGAACAUGAUUAUUGUUCCGACGUAAACGACACCAAUGAAGAAAUGAACGUGGAUCAUUCGUACUGUUUGCCUGCCUCACACGAAGGUCUACCCAAGGCCCAAAAAGAAAAAAUCGAACAAGACGAAAGCAAUAAGCUCAUCUAUGGUUUGGAAACGUACUGUCGGGAAGAAAACAGGUCAACGAAUAAACCAAUCCCAACUAAUAAUAUCAAACAACUGAUACAAUUGAACAGAAAAGACAUCAAGUUCAACAAUACUAAAAUAAUCGUGUUUGGAAAAAAAGUAGAAGGAUCUUUUUUAGCGAAGUUGGGGAAGUUGAUACAAGUUCCGAGUCGUAACGCGGUUUCGACCAAUAAGGAAACGCGAAACUUUAAAGUGACUUUACCAAAGAACCGGCUGAAGAGUAUGGGGGAGGCGCUGCCGUACUUGUUUAAGAGGCUCCCUCUGUAUAGCGAUUUAGCAACGAAUGUAAAUUAUAAGCGAAUGUAUCCGUUCACUGCGCCGAGUUUGAAGGAGUUCGUGAGUUGGAACGUGGCGAAGAGGAGAAGUUCCGAGUGGAGUCGCGCUAGAACCAUUAAAAAAAUCCUCCUCGAGGAAAAAAUCCAAGGGAUCGAGAGUUGGAACACCAAAACUAUUUUAAUGUAUGGACGAUCACAUGACUACACCCCGUUUAUUUCGUACGGCUUGUUCAAUAGGGACUCUGAAGAGAAAAACUUAUUAAUGUGUUGUUAUUCAGGACAGGGCUUGAAAAAUGACGCUAGAAGUGUUGUUGACGACACGCAUGACGUCAACGUGGAUGUAGAUUCGGACACCGAAAUGUCAUCGUCGAAAAAAGUCGUUGACUUGAUCGACAUUUCCGACCCACACACCAAAAUGGAGUGUUCCUACAUUCGACAAGCCGCCCGAAAUUCCGGCUUUGUUCUCAAACCAGAGGAAAUCGUCGAAGGUGUGAAGGUUAAUGGUGCUGAAAUGAUGAUUCUAGAAGCUGUUAAAUGCUUCGCCGAGAAUUUAAUAAGAAGGGCUAAGAAUCAUAGAGUUUGUACGCGAACACCUAGUCCAACCACUAGUGCUAUUAAUAGGGAGGAUGUAGAAGUGGCUAUAAACGAGCGACCGGAGAUGUUCCAUUUCCGACAGUUGACAAACGAGAGAAGAAAUGAUUAUUUCUUCUAACACUGACUGUUUAUACCAAUCAUGUCCAUUCUUAUGUGAUUAAAUAUAUUUUUUUAAAUGUU